GAACAAGGCUUUUACUUGCUAUUGCGAGCUCAGACCGCAUACCACUCCAUUCAUGCUGUGAGAAGCUCAAGACUCGGAACGCGGAGCUUUUGGGCGAGAAUCGUGACAGUCGUGGAAAUGCCUUCAAGUUUAAUAUUUUAACCAUGCUGAAGAAAACAAACCCCAAGAUCACAAUUAUCCGGCUGGCGGCCGAGGCUCUGGGGACGAUGUUAUAGACGACAGAGCAGAGACACGGAGCCCAGAGGACGCCAGGCCAGAGCUACACCACCAUCCCCUCCCUUCCUUCCUUCAGCCUGGCGUAGGACAGCCACAGCUUCAGUAGAGGAAGAAGAACACACACACACUCAGGAAUCUCUCCUCACCUUCCAGAGCCCAACAUGAUCUGCCACCCCACCCCAUCCCUGGGAGGCCCUCUCCUACCCUUCCUCCUCCUGUUGUCAGGGGUGUUAGCCACCAUUCCCAGCAACCUCAGGACAUUCUCCCCUCCAGAGGGGGGGCUCACACACCUGGUGGUCCACAACAAGACAGGUGAGGUGUAUCUGGGAGCCGUCAACUGGAUCUUCAAGCUGUCCAGCAACCUGACCAAGCUCCGCAACCACGUUACAGGCCCUGUGGUGGACAAUGAGAAGUGUUAUCCCCCUCCGGGUGUCCAAUCCUGCCCCCAUGAACUGGCCCAGACCAAUAACGUCAACAAGCUGCUGCUGCUGGACUAUGGUCAGAACCGCCUGAUCGCCUGUGGCAGCACCUCCCAAGGAAUCUGCCAGUUCCUUCGGUUGGACGACCUGUUCAAGUUGGGUGAGCCGCACCACCGUAAGGAGCACUACCUGUCCAGCGUGGCCGAGGCUGGCACCAUGUCUGGGGUAGUCAUCGGUGGAGACGCGGCCGGGGGCGGGGGAGGAGCUGGCAAGCUGUUUGUGGGCACGCCCAUCGACGGUAAGUCAGAGUACUUCCCCACGCUCUCCAGCCGCAAGCUGAUGGCCAACGAGGAGAAUGCCGACAUGUUCAGCUUCGUCUACCAGGACGAGUUUGUCUCCUCGCAGCUCAAGAUCCCCUCGGACACGCUCUCCAAGUUCCCCGCCUUCGACAUCUACUACAUCUACGGCUUCAGCAGCGAGCAGUUUGUCUACUAUCUGACCCUGCAGCUGGAUACCCAGCUCACUUCGCCCGACGCCAGCGGGGAGCAGUUCUUCACCUCUAAGAUCGUCCGUCUCUGCGUGGACGACCCCAAGUUCUACUCCUACGUGGAGUUCCCUAUUGGCUGCACCAAGGACGGGGUGGAGUAUCGUCUGGUGCAGGACGCCUACCUUAGCCGACCCGGGACCAAGCUGGCGCGAUCUCUGGGCAUCUCAGAGCAGGACGAGGUGCUGUUCACGGUGUUCGCCCAGGGCCAGAAGAACCGGGCCAAGCCCCCCAAGGAGUCAGCCCUGUGCCUGUUCACGCUGCGCCGCAUCAAGGAGAAGAUCAAGGAGCGUAUCCAGUCCUGCUACAGGGGAGAGGGGAAACUGUCACUGCCCUGGCUGCUCAACAAGGAACUAGCCUGCAUCAACUCACCGCUUCAGAUAGAUGAUAACUUCUGUGGGCAGGACUUCAACCAGCCCCUGGGAGGAACCAGCACCAUCGAGGGUCUGCCUCUGUUCGUGGACAAGGACGAUGGCAUGACCUCGGUGGCGGCCUACGAAUAUCACGGCCACACCGUGGCCUUUACCGGCACACGCAGCGGACGCAUUAAGAAGAUCCUGGUGAAUUCUAUCAACCAUCCUGCCAUGCUGUAUGAGAAUGGGGUGGUGAGCGAGGGGAGUCCCAUCCACAGAGAUCUGCUCUUCAGCCCAGACUACCAGCACAUCUAUGCCCUCACAGACAAACAGGUGAGCCGUGUUCCAGUGGAGAGCUGUGAGCAGUACUCCUCCUGCAGCGGCUGCCUGGGGUCAGGAGAUCCCCACUGUGGCUGGUGUGUCCUCCACAAUGUGUGCUCCAGGAAGGAUCGUUGUGAGAGGGCUGACGAGCCUCAGCGUUUUGCCUCCCGAGUGGAGCAGUGCGUCAAACUCAGUGUCCAGCCCGGAAACAUCUCUGUCACCAUGUCCAAAGUGCAGCUGGUGCUGCAGGCCCAGAAUGUGCCUAACCUUUCGGCAGGGGUCAACUGCUCCUUUGAGGAUUACACUGAGACAGAGGGACGCAUCUUUGGGGGACGCAUCUACUGCCUGUCACCUUCCACCCGAGAGGUCGCCCCCAUCACACGCAACCAGGGGGACAAGCGUACUGUGAAGCUGUAUCUGAAGUCUAAGGAGACAGGGAAGAAGUUUGCCAGUGUGGACUUUGUCUUCUACAACUGCAGUGUGCACCAAUCGUGUCUGUCAUGUGUCAAUGGCUCGUUCCCCUGCCACUGGUGUAAAUACCGCCACAUGUGCACUCAGAACGCCAACGACUGCUCCUUCCAGGAGGGCCGGGUGAACGUGUCAGAGGAGUGUCCCCAGAUCCUGCCAUCCACCCAGAUCUACAUCCCCGUGGGGGUGAUGAAGCCCAUCACCCUGCUGGCUAAGAACCUGCCUCAGCCCCAGUCUGGACAGAGGAACUAUGAGUGUAUCUUCCACAUCCAGGGAGCCACCUACAGCGUCACCGCCCUGCGCUUCAACAGCACCAGCAUCCAGUGUCAGAGGACCUCGUAUGACUAUGAGGGUAAUGACCUAAGUGACCUGCCUGUGGAUCUCUCAGUGGUGUGGAAUGAAAACCAAGUCAUCGACGACCCCUUCAACAUACAAGCCCACCUGUAUAAGUGUUAUGCGCUGAGAGACAGCUGUGGGAUGUGUCUGAAGGCUGACCCCAGGUUUGAGUGUGGCUGGUGUGUCCAGGAGAAGAAGUGUUCUCUGAGGCAGGAGUGUGCCCCGCUGGACAGCAGCUGGAUGCACCCCACCGCUGGCAACAGCCGCUGUACACACCCCAAGAUCACUAAGCUGUUUCCGGAGACGGGGCCGAGACAGGGGGGCACCAGGCUGACCAUCACGGGGGAGAACCUGGGCCUACAGUUCAGGGACAUCCUGACAGGAGUGCGUCUGGGCAAGGUGCCCUGUAUCCCCAUUGAGGAGGAGUACAUAAGCGCUGAGAGAAUUGUGUGUUUGCUAAAUGAUGCCACGGGCUACCGGGUGCAGGAGGCCAACGUGGAGGUGUGUGUGAGGGACUGCCUGACGGACUACAGGGCCCUCUCACCCCGGGCAUUCACCUUUGUGACACCUUUCUUCACUCGAGUGCUGCCUGCUCAGGGUCCUCUCUCUGGGGGCACCAGGGUCACCAUUGAGGGCAACCACCUCAACGCCGGCAGUUCUGUGUUUGUCAACAUCGGACGCCACCCCUGCCACUUCAAAAAGAGGAAUGCCCGGGAGAUAGUGUGUGUGACCCCAGCGGGGCUGACCCCUGGCAGCACACCAGUCAUGGUGGACAUCGACUCUGCAGAGCUGAGGAACCCGGAGGUCAAAUAUAACUACACCGAUGACCCCACCGUCCUGAGGAUUGAACCCGACUGGAGCAUCGCUAGUGGUGGAACCCUGUUGUUAUGGAACACUGGCCUUCAGACACUGGGACUUGGUGGAACCCUUAACUGCACAGUGUUUAAUAACUCUGUGAUGGUGUGCCUGGCCCCGUCAGUAACCGACUCCGAGAGGGGCUUCUCAGACACGGGCAGUGGGCCGGAUGAGAUCGGCUUCUACAUGGACAACGUCCACGCUCUGGUGGUGGUCAACGAGACGUUCAGCUACUACCCUGACCCCGUGUUCGAACCCCUCAGCCCCACCGGGGUCCUGGAGCUUAAACCCACCUCCCCUCUCAUCCUCAAGGGUCGUAACCUAAUCCCUGCAGCGCCUGGUAACUCCAGGCUGAACUACACGGUGUUCAUCGGGGAGACCCCCUGUGUUCUGACCCUGUCUGAGACUCAGCUGCUGUGUGAAUGGCCCAACCUCACUGGACAGCACAAAGUCACAAUCCGGGUGGGUGGGUUCGAGUACUCCCCUGGUACUCUCCAGAUCUACUCAGACAGCCUGCUGACCCUGCCUGCCAUCAUCGGUAUCGGAGGAGGUGGUGGUCUGCUGCUAUUGGUCAUCAUCGCUGUGCUCAUCGCCUACAAGAGGAAGUCCCGUGAUGCUGACCGCACCCUGAAACGCCUGCAGCUGCAGAUGGACAACCUGGAGUCCAGAGUGGCCCUGGAGUGUAAAGAAGCCUUUGCAGAGCUGCAGACAGACAUCCACGAGCUGACCCAGGAGCUGGACGGAGCGGGCAUCCCCUUCCUGGAGUACAGGACCUACGCCAUGCGGGUCCUGUUCCCCGGCAUCGAGGACCACCCCGUGCUCAAGGAGAUGGAGGUCCAGGCCAACCAGGAGAAGGCCUUGACCCUGUUUGGCCAGCUCCUCACCAAGAAGCACUUCCUGUUGACGUUCAUCCGCACCCUGGAGGCGCAGCGCUCCUUCUCCAUGCGUGACCGUGGCAACGUGGCGUCGCUCAUCAUGACAGCGCUGCAGGGGGAGAUGGAGUACGCCACAGGGGUUCUCAAACAGCUCCUAUCUGACCUCAUCGACAAGAACCUGGAGAGCAAGAACCACCCCAAGCUGCUGCUGCGCCGAACGGAGUCUGUUGCUGAGAAGAUGCUGACCAACUGGUUCACUUUUCUCUUGUACAAGUUCCUUAAGGAGUGUGCUGGGGAGCCUCUGUUCAUGCUGUACUGUGCUAUGAAGCAGCAGAUGGAGAAGGGGCCUAUAGACUCCAUCACAGGAGAGGCGCGCUACUCACUCAGUGAGGACAAGCUCAUCAGACAGCAGAUUGACUACAAGACCCUGACUCUCCACUGUAUGAACCCGGAGAACGAGAACGCCUCGGAGGUGACGGUGAAGGGGCUGAACUGUGACACCAUCACCCAGGUGAAGGAGAAGCUGCUGGAUGCAGUGUACAAGGGCAGCCCCUACUCCCAGAGACCCAAGGCUGGGGACAUGGACCUGGAGUGGCGUCAGGGCAGGAUGGCCAGAAUCAUCCUUCAGGAUGAGGAUGUCACCACCAAGAUUGAUAACGACUGGAAACGCCUCAACACACUGGCCCACUAUCAGGUGACGGACGGCUCAGUGAUCGCUCUGGUACCAAAGCAGAACUCAGCAUACAACAUAUCCAACUCCUCUACCUUCACCAAGUCUCUCAGCAGAUAUGAGAGCAUGUUGCGAACAGCCAGCAGUCCAGACAGUCUGCGCUCCCGCACUCCCAUGAUCACCCCUGACCUGGAGAGUGGUACCAAGCUGUGGCACCUGGUCAAGAACCACGACCACUCUGACCAGCGUGAGGGCGACCGCGGCAGCAAGAUGGUCUCUGAGAUCUAUCUGACCCGUCUGCUCGCCACCAAGGGUACGUUGCAGAAGUUUGUGGACGACCUGUUUGAGACCAUCUUCAGCACGGCCCACCGCGGCAGCGCCCUGCCUCUCGCCAUCAAGUACAUGUUUGACUUCCUGGACGAGCAGGCCGACAAACACUCCAUAUCAGACUCAGACGUACGGCACACCUGGAAGAGCAAUUGUCUUCCUCUGCGGUUCUGGGUGAACGUGAUCAAGAACCCUCAGUUUGUGUUUGACAUCCAUAAGAACAGCAUCACAGACGCCUGCCUGUCUGUGGUGGCCCAGACCUUCAUGGACUCCUGCUCCACGUCAGAACACAAGCUGGGCAAAGACUCGCCCUCCAACAAGCUGCUCUACGCCAAGGAUAUCCCCAACUACAAGAACUGGGUGGAGAGGUACUACUCCGACAUCUCCCGUAUGCCGGCCAUCAGUGACCAGGACAUGAGUGCCUACCUGGCUGAACAGUCCCGGCUGCACCUCAGCCAGUUCAACAGCAUGAGUGCCCUGCAUGAGAUCUACUCCUAUAUCGUCAAGUACAAAGAUGAGAUCCUGUCUGCGCUGCAGAAGGACGAACAGUCUCGUAGGCAAAGACUGCGCAGUAAGCUGGAGCAGGUCAUCGAUACCAUGGCCUUGGCCAGCUGAGGAACGGCCCACCACUGAGGGUCGGAGAGGGUAGCAGCUAGGCCUUCUCUCACUGACCCCAGCUCCUAACCCCAACACAACGCGUAAGGACUGCAAGGACACAAGCAGUACACUGGAGACCCACCAGAGUUAGGCCUGGGCCUCGGCCCAUCCAAACAACCCCUCAUUUAUAAACACUAAACGUCCGUCUGUCGCCCCGAGAAAGUGUCUUAUCAUCGCGGUCUUCAUCACUGGUUUCAGUUUGUCUUCCGUGUUGAUUAUCUACCCACCUACAGGACAGGGACUGUGAAGCAGCUGGCUAAAGAAGCCAGGAGAUACAUAUAUAUAUAUAUAAGGGGAGCUAUGGAGAAAGGACUCCAUUUAUAAACCCCCCACCCCCCCAUGGACGCUUCUGACGUGUCAGCAGUCUAUCAUCAGAGACUUCAUCGACGUUCAUGGACGUCAGUUUGAUUUUCAGAUCCAUUUUAUUUCUAUUUGGUUGAUUUAGUUGUUGGUCUUGUGUUUAACAACUGCCUACUCUCUCCGUUGGUGUGCCACUUGUGUUACUGCUGAAUUUGCACAAUUUACAAAAAAGCUACAUCAAAAGAAGAGGAUAUAAAUAUAGAUAUAUAGAUAUAUAAAUACAACUUCAUUUUUAAAGAAACACAUGAAAAUAGUCAAGUUCAAUUUUAAUGUACAAAAUACUUUGAAAGAAAAGGAUUUGAUAUUUCAAAGACUGAUGAACUAUGAAACCUUGUCCUGUGCCAUGUUUUAUUUAAAUGUUGUUUAGUGAAAACUUUUUCUUUAGAUAAAAUGUGUUAUGAUUCAAAUGUUGUCAUGCCUAGUGACUGAAGGUGAGAGUAAAGUUUAAAAAAAUAAAAAAAAAUAAAAGUUAAAUGACAAAAAAAUUGUAGAAGCAAGUCAACAAAUCGUGAGGUCUUGGGGCCUUUCCUGUCCUGGGAGAACAUUUGUUUUAAUGGUACUGGAAAUGACUAUUUUAUUCCUGUAUUACAACCAGUGCUAUUGUGGCUUUUAGAAAAACCAAAGGCUUGUUUUUUUUUUUGUACAAC